AUGACAGGGAGAAAACAUGGCAGCCUCUUGUGCAGCCACAAAAGAAUAAGCACAUCGGUGGGUAAAUGCACCAGCCAGCCACAAGUGAAACCCAGGAGCUCUCCACAGCAGCUGGUGGGGGUGGUGGGAUUGGAGAUCCACGCUCAGAUUCGCUCCGGUACCAAACUAUUUUCACCUUCUCCAGUUCGCUUCUCCUCUCCUCCGAACUCCCUGGUGUCAUUCUUUGAUGCGUCCUUACCUGGAACAUUACCUGUGCUCAACAAGCGAUGUGUGGAGGCAGCAGUCAUGACAGGCCUGGCACUCAGCUGCACCAUCAACCGAAAGUCCUUGUUUGACCGGAAACACUACUUCUACGCCGACCUCCCUGCUGGUUAUCAGAUUACACAGCAGAGGAUGCCCAUUGCAGUGGAUGGAGUGUUAAAUUACUGUCUCAUGGGAGGGAAGACGAAGAACCAGGUCUUCAGAAAAAGUGUCCGCAUCAAACAGAUUCAACUCGAGCAGGACAGUGGCAAGAGUCUCCAUGACGACGUACAAAGCCAGACGCUCAUAGACCUCAACAGAGCAGGUGUUGGUCUGAUGGAGCUGGUGAUGGAGCCAGACAUGACCUGUGGGGAGGAGGCCUCUGCUGCAGUGCGAGAGCUGCAGCUCAUCCUGCAGUCUCUGGGCACCUGUGAUGGGAACAUGUCUGAGGGACAGCUCAGAGUGGAUGCCAACGUGUCUGUGCACCAACCUGGAGAUCCCCUUGGCGUCAGGACUGAGGUGAAAAACAUCAACAGUGCAAGAUACCUAGCGCGGGCCAUUGACUAUGAAAUCCAGAGGCAGAUCCAAGUGCUGGAGAGCGGAGGGACUGUACAGAAUGAAACCCGAGCAUAUGAUUCCAAAGCUGGUGAGACCAUUUCCAUGAGAGACAAGGAGGGUCUUCAGGACUACAGGUUCAUGCCAGAGCCAAACCUGCCCCCCCUGAUGGUUUACGAGGACCAGGCGUCGCUGCCCGUCGGCCUGGACAUGAGCCAGGCUGUGGUGGUGCAGGAGCUCAGAGAAGCACUACCCGAGUUGCCCAACGUGACCCGGGACAGACUGGUGCAUACUUACAGCAUCCUGCCAGAACAUGGCUUUACCUUAGUGAACGAGGACGGCCUGGUGGAGUAUUUUGAGGCUGUGAUGACGCAGACCAAAAUGAAUGCAAGGAAGGUGAUUGGCUGGGUGACAAACGAGUUGUUGGGUGGACUCAAGCUGCAGGACCAGAGCGUGAGCCAGAGCCCAAUCUGUCCUUUUGCCCUGGCUGAAUUGCUGGAACUGCAAGAAAAUGGGCACAUCUCCUCCUCUGUGGCUAAGCAGGUGUUCCAGGAGAUGUGGAGGUCACCUGGAAAGAAGGCACAAGUGAUCAUUCAAGAGGAGGACCUGGGACUUGUUAGCGACAUAGAUAAACUGCACAGCAUCUGCCAGAGGAUCGUAGACUCGCACCCGAAUGAGGUCAUUGCCAUCCGAAACGGGAACAGAAAAGUGCUAAACAAGCUGAUGGGUCUGGUGCAGAAGGAGACCAAAGGACGUGCUGACCCCGUUCUGGUGCGGACCAUUCUACAGGACAAGACUUCAUAA